AUGGACACACUAUGGAACAUCAACAACUGGCAACAAACUCGGCCAGCAGAGCCCGGCGAGAUCGAUUUGCGGCCACGCUUGCAAACACUGAGAGACCUUCUCAGUCACUUUACCCAGGAGCUGUACCACCAUCCCUACGACGCCGAUUGCUGGUUACGGCGCGGAGAGGUUCUUGCGAUGCUACGCUAUCCCGAGCUUGCAGUGGGUGACACGUACAAAGCUCUUCUGUUAACCCGACAAGCAUUGGCCGGCUUUGAAGACAGGCGGAUGCGGCUUGGGUAUCGUAUGGGCUUCUGGAUGCUCGAGGAGAGCUCGACCGGCGAAGAUGACUGGAGAGAUACACUUGAGCAGAGAUUAGCCGAUAUACAGUCACAGGCGCAUAUUGUUGAGACACAGAAUCUCUAUCACUUUCCGACGUUCGAAGAGGGACGAUACCUGCAGCGCCCUUAUCCUUGGAUGCAAAGGCGACACUGCUUCCGUGACGACAGCCUAUUAUCAGCCAUCAACGAGGAGUUCGCGGCUCAAGCCCGCAGCCACGGGGACGGGAAAGCGUGCUGUGUGCUGCAACGCCACGCUUUCGGCAAGUCUAGCGACAGAGGACGCGAUUCGAGCGAGGUACUUGGUGUCUUCGCUGGGUGCGACAUGCUCGCAGACACGACCCUCGUUGUCGAUAAGACCGAGAUUUGGGGCUGUAUCGGAGCCGGUCGCAACAACAAUCGCGACAACUUGCAUGGCGGACUGGGCUGUCCGGAUCCGAUUCAUCCCAACUUGCCGUCAGAUGCGGUUGAGGAAGACCUAAGAUGGAUACGUGAACGGGCUGGUAGCAGUGCCGGAGAAGUAAUUCUCAGGUGCCGCUUCCUAAUGCGCUGCAUCGCAGACGGCGUAGCGCAUCCGCUCGAUCACACAUUUAUCGCACGGCUGACACCGACUUACCGCCGUGAGCGUCCUCGUCUGUUCUCACUUGAGCACGACAUCGUGAUUCCGAACGACUGUCUCCAGCGAUGCGGCAUCGACAUUUUCGCCGAUUCCAGGUACGAUACCUGGGUUAUGUUUACCAUUGGGGCGCGAGAAGUGAACAACAGCUGGAGCGACCCAGUCCACAAUUGCAUUUCGCCUCUCUUCUCCUUGUUCAACCAUAGCUGCGAGGCGAAUGUUGAAUGGAUCGCUGGCGAGGAUUACACGACGCUUACGAUGGCCACGCUCCGAGACAUUAAGCAAGGCGAGCAGUUGUUCGUGCUAUACGAUAGCUAUCUAGGAGAGCAGCCGCUUCGAGCUCGAAGGCGGAGGAUGCGGAAGUGGCUGGAUGCGGAGUGUCAAUGUGACCGCUGCCUACGGGAAGAGGCAGAGGCGAAGCAGACGAUAGACAAGCUAUCGGGAACUGACAGUCCCUCCGGUAUAAUGGUUGAUGGUGAUGGUGCUGGGCAGUGGGACACGGCUCCAAAGCCUGUCUUUCCGGAGGACGCAUUGAAUGGAAAGCUACACCGUCUUGACUCUGGGUCGGUUGUAGAUGGCUAG